CUGAGCUCUCUCAUUGGCUGCAGACUGUGAGAACCUCCAGCAAACCCAGGACUCACACAUUCAUAUGGAGAUUAGAGAGUAUAAAUAGAGGAGGGAGUGAGAGAGAGCUCAGCACAGCUCAGAUGUUCUCCUCACAGAGAGCAACAGAAGAAACACAGCCAUGGCUCCUACAAUCACUGCAUCAAUCAUCAACUCCAACCACCUUAUUCCACUUACUAAUAAGCUGAGAAAGCCGAUAGUGGAGAAGAUGCGUAGAGAACGUAACAACAGCAGCAUCGAGAAGCUCAAGUCUCUGCUGGAUGGAGAAUUCUUAAAGCAACAGCCAGAUUCCAGACAGGAGAAAGCCGACAUCCUGGAGAUGACACUUUGUUUCCUGAGACAGCAGCAGCAGCCACACAAGGAGUCGAGCUGCUCCACUGUAGCUGAUGAAGGCUACAGAAGGUGUGUGCAGGAGGCCAUCAACUUCCUGUCUCAGUGUCAAGCACACACUCAGUCCCAGAGAAGACUGCUGAGACACUUCCUCACCAUGCAGCCUUCCAUGGAGAAGAGCAGAAGUGUCGUUCCUCAGCUCAGCUCUCCAUCCUGCCAGAUCAGCAGCAAAGAGGAGACUCCAGUUUGCAGUGGUCUCUGGAGACCCUGGUAGAGCCACAUGGACACUUUACCAUUAGGAAACUAGCUUACAAAUGUCACAUUGGCAUUAACUAUGAUUUUCCUAAAUGUGUAUGAAUAUUUUUGUCCAAUUUUACAUGGACCGAAUAUGACAAGUUGCUUUCAUAUUGGAAAAGCAUGUGAAGAUUUUGUUUAUUACUUUUCCACAUUCUUACUAUGCAAGAUGGUUUGCUACUUAUUUCAAGUAUUUUUUAAAACUUUGAUGUUUUUUUCUAUAUGAAAAAUAUGACAAGUUGCUUUCCUUAUGAGGAAGGAAAGGAAAGUAUUUUUAAUUCAGAGUUAUUGAGUUGUUUGAAACAAUUUCACCUGCUUUUUAUGCACGAGGAAUUAUUACACUCAUUGAGAAAGUUUAUUAUAUUUGCUUUCAUACUGGAAAAGCAAAGAUUUGUGAUUUGAUUCAUUACUCUGACAUAUUCUUACUAUGCAAGAAGAACUGUUGCAUCCUUCAUAGAUGUUUUAAACUUUGAGUGCAUAAAGAUACAGAAAGAAAUAUUUGGUAUUAACGUUUACCGCAUUUACGGAAUAAUUAAAAUUCUGCUUUAGUUUAGUAAAAGCAUUUGUUUACUUUUAUAUAGAGUAAAAUGAAUGAUUAUGAAACGUCUGUGAAAUUCCCUGUAAUGUCAAUCUUCUUUUGGAGUGAAAUUGCUUUUUUUGAUUGUGUAGAAAAUGCAAUGUUAUUUCUAAAUGUAGAAAUCACCAGUGUGGAAACUGAUGUGAGUUUGCCUUCAGUGAAGGUGAUCAAUGUAUUUUAAGGAAACUGAAUUUCUAUUGCCAGAAAUGUUAUGAAAAUAAAUCACAAUUACAUAAUCACUAUAAGCUCACUCUCAUUGAUUGAAACAAACAUGGCAUAAUUUAAUGUGUUAAGAAGAAGUUCAGGGAGAAAUAACAAACCAUAAGGUCAAGAAAGCAAAACUGGCCAUGCUCUCAGGAUGGAAAAUGCCAUACUUUCUCUCUGCACCUUCAAAUGUCAAAUGGCAAAAAUCCUAAUUAAGCCAAUUUUAAACCAUUCCCUCCAAAGUAAUGAAUGCUUAAGUAAGCGUGCAUACUUGUUUAAGUACACUUGUCCAAGAGACACUAUGAGAAACACACAAGAAAAUGAUGUUAUGCAAGACUUAUUUUUCUUCACGGUGUGUUAGUCAUUUGAUGCGUUUAUGAAUACUGCUUUAUCCUGGUCAGGGUCAUGGUGGAUCUGGAGCCAACAGAGUGGUGGUACAUUUCACACUACUGCAGCAUGGAUUAUUUACAUAUACUGUAACAACACAAGCUGGUGUGUGUUAGUUUU